GCCUGUGGCCAGAGGAGCAUGGACUCCCGGGCCUGGGCUCACACAGGGGCUGCUGAGCGUGGCCGCACCCGGAGAGGGACACCAGGCAGGAGGACGAGAAAGGACUGGUCCUGCUCACUCAUUGUGGCCUCUCUCGUGGGCGCCUUUGGCUCAUCCUUUCUCUACGGGUACAACCUGUCGGUGGUGAACGCCCCCACUCCGUACAUCAAGUCCUUCUACAAUGAAUCGUGGGAAAGAAGGCAUGGGCAUCCUAUAGACCCAGAUACUCUGACUCUACUCUGGUCUGUGACAGUGUCCAUAUUCGCCAUCGGUGGCCUCGUGGGGACUUUAAUGAUGAAGCUGAUCGGAAAAGUUCUUGGGAGGAAGUAUACUCUGCUGGUCAACAAUGGGUUUGCAAUUUCUGCUGCACUGCUGAUGGCCUGUUCCUUCCAGGCAGGAGCCUUCGAGAUGCUCAUUGUGGGACGCUUCAUCAUGGGCGUGGAUGGAGGCAUUGCCCUCAGUGCGCUCCCCAUGUACCUGAACGAGAUCUCACCCAAGGAGAUCCGUGGCUCUCUGGGGCAGGUGACUGCCAUCUUCAUCUGCAUCGGUGUGUUCGCCGGGCAAGUGCUGGGCCUGCCUGAGCUGCUGGGAAAGGAAAGCACCUGGCCAUACCUGUUUGGAGUGAUUGUUGUCCCGGCCUUGGUCCAGCUGGUGAGCCUGCCCUUUCUCCCUGAGAGCCCACACUACCUGCUCUUUGAGAAGCAUGACCAGGCAGGAGCCGAGAAAGCCUUCCGGACUUUCCUGGGCAAAGAAGAUGUCUCCCGAGAGGUGGAGGAGGUCCUGAUAGAAAGCCGUGUGCAGAGGAACAUCCAGCUGGUGUCCGUGCUGGAGCUGCUCCGGAGUCCCUCCGUGCGCUGGCAGGUCAUCACAGUGGUCGUCACCAUGGCCUGCUACCAGCUCUGCGGUCUCAACGCGAUUUGGUUCUACACCAAUAGCAUCUUUGGAAAAGCUGGGAUCCCGCCAGAAAAGAUCCCAUACAUUACCUUGAGCACUGGUGGAAUCGAGACUUUGGCCGCCAUCUUCUCUGGCUUGGUCAUCGAGCGCCUGGGACGGAGACCCCUCCUCAUGGGCGGCUUUGGGCUGAUGGCCCUCUUCUUUGGGAUCCUCACCAUCACGCUGACAUUGCAGGACCAUGCUCCCGGGAUCCCGUACCUGAGUAUCAUCUGCAUCUUGGCCAUCAUCGCCUCCUUCUGCAGUGGGCCAGGGGGCAUCCCGUUCAUCUUGACUGGCGAGUUCUUCCAGCAAUCCCAGCGGCCGGCCGCCUUCAUCAUUGCAGGCACUGUCAACUGGCUCUCCAACUUUGCUGUUGGCCUCCUCUUCCCCUUCAUCCAGAAAAGUCUAGACACCUACUGUUUCCUGGUCUUCGCCGCAAUCUGCCUCGCAGGAGCUGUCUAUUUCUAUUUUGUCCUGCCUGAGACAAAAAACAGAACCCAUGCGGAAAUCAGCCAGGCAUUUGCCAAAAGGAACAAGACACACCCACCGGACAACACUGACCCGGCUAUACCUGCCAAGGUGACCAGAAGGCCUGAGCCAGACCCCAUCUCCACUCGGGACAAUUAUGCCAAAAACGGGGUUGUCUAAAUGGAUGAUCUCGCCAUUCCAGGAGAUCAAAGACUUCCCUACACGGUUAAUAGUAUUAAGUAUUUAAGAAUAAACCUUUGCUAAUCUAAUGUCACAA